GCAAAGGUCUUUCCGUGUGGGACAGAGUCCUCGAACUUAAUCGCCUUUCACACAGCCGCAGACAGUCCAUUGUGUUGAAGUCGUCGUGGAAGUUUGCCCUUCUCUUCUGCCCUCCCCGUACCGCUUGGAUCGUGUGAACUUCCGCUCGGAUCUGUAGCUUGCUUUCGCAAUGGCGGUCAACACAGGUAUCGCGGGGAACAACUUUCUGACCAGCUUUAACACCACGGUUCCUAAGCUGUUUAUCACUGCUGAGACGGACGACGUGACCGAAUUUGACCAGGUCACGCUCAAGCACUGGCGCGAAGAAGGGUUUGAUGUCACAUAUGUGCCCAUGGGAAAGGGAGGCAAGGCAUACAUCGAAGAACUAAAGAGCAUCCCGAAUAGGCUGCCGCUCGGAGAAUAUUUUGCCAUCAUUGCGUACGGCGACGCAGCGGCCAUUGUGCUAGAGCACUUCCGCCGGCCGUCCAAUAAACUCUGUGGCCUCGUUGCAUAUUACCCCUCCUCCAUCCCGGACCCCAACAACCAGUUUCCUAUCGGCACCAAGGUCCUCGUGCACCUCGCCGGCGAGGAGGUCGGCGUCACCCGCGCGCCAGAGGUGCUGGGUAUCCAAGGCAAACGACGGACGGUAACGCGUGCAGUGCCCAAGGGCAGCAUCCCUGGGGGACGCCUGCAACUCGCGUAUCCAAGUUAUUCGUACGAGGGCGCCGAACCGGGGUUCGCGGAGCACGACCUGCCUGAGUACAACAAGAUAGCCGGGCGGCUGAGUUGGGGACGGAGUCUGGAUACGAUACGCAAGGCGUUCAAGGUCGAGGUUGACCUAGAGCGGGUGUGGGAGGCACACACGGAGCUUGAGUUUGUGACCAAGGAUGCGCACAAGACCAUGGCAACCAUGGUCGCCAACCCGUACGUGAACCACGUGCCAACGCUGACGGGCGGCAUCGGCAGGAAGGAUCUGCUGCGCUUCUACGACGAAUUUUUCAUCCCAAACAACCCACCAUCGACGCGCAUGAAACUCCUGUCGCGGACGAUAGGGGCAGACAAAGUGGUGGACGAGAUGUACUUUGCGUUCGAGCACACACAAGAGGUGCCGUGGAUGCUGCCUAACGUGCCGCCGACCAACAAGACGGUGGAGGUAGCGCUGGUCAGUGUGGUAUGUAUCCGGGGUGGCAAGUUGUACCAUGAACACAUAUACUGGGACCAGGCGUCGGUCCUGGUGCAGAUUGGGCUACUGGAUCCCAAGCUCAUACCAGAGUCGUCCGGCCUGAAGGGCAAGCUGGACAGGCUGCCGGUGGCAGGGGCGGAGAGCGUUCGGAAAGUUAUGGACGAGGAAAGCGAGCAGAGUAACGAGCUGCUGGACGCAUGGUGGGAGUAGCGCCAACGAAUCGAGGUGGUCAAGAUCUGGUCCGGUAGCGUAUCUAGUCGAGCUAGAGAACCAAGCUAGUACGUACACUUAUGUGAUUUUGUUAGAUGGCAGCAGACAAAAGGGGAGAGGGAUGAAAAAGCAGGAAGAUGGCGAUGUGUGUCCUUUUGCUAGUCCCGCAGUUCUGGAGGAAGAUCAGAAAGGCAGGGUGGAGGAGACGCGGGUUGCGAUUCCCUGUUUGCUCUGCCACUGGUAGCGAGAUCGACAUGAGCCGAAGCACAAGCCGGUCCGGGUCAGCUUCAAGGUCAUGAUACAAAGACGCGAGAGGCAUCCCCCCCGUGGGAUCCGAGGUGGUUAUUAUUGUUGAUGUCUGAUGUGUUUCUACGGCAGCUGCAGCUGCAGCUUCUUCUGUCGUUGCGAUUGCGGGAGCAGCGGGGCUUGUCGAUACUGUAGCUGCUGUUUUUCUUACUGUUGUAAUCGCCGCUGUUGUUAUACGUGUCAUCUGGGAUACCCGUAUACACCCAUUGCUUCCGUAAAACACCAGCAGGGAGUCGACUGCAGGCUGCCAACGAAGCCCGGCAUCAGCUCACAUCCGGCCUCGUCGUCUUGGGUGCACAUGGGGAUUUGAAUUGGAGUUGAAACAAACGGUCAGUCUUAAAGGCCAGUGCAGGGUGCGAUGAGGGUUCUCGUCGAACUCUUGCAACGUUUCGAUAAUGCAGGACGACAAAACCGUUUUCGGCUCAAACAAAGAUUUCCUGUGUAGGUCA